CCGAUCCACUGUAUGCAGAAAGAGACGCCAAACCAAAGAAAAGAACCAAUUCUUCUUCUUCUUCUUCUUCUUCUUUCGACGUCCAAUUUCCGAUCAUGGAACAAAUCUUCACUCUCACAUUCUUCUCUUCCGACAUUUCUUCAUUGCCUUCCCGUUCGGAGAUGCCGUUCGCCGCCGCACAUCUCAGCUACUAGCUUCUUUCUUCUUCUCUUUCGUUUGGCUUUGAUAUUCUCAACUAGACAUCUUCGGAUCUUCCCUCAUGUCGUUCUUUUCUGGUAUCUUCCUCGGCGUUGUUGUCGGUGUCCUACUGAUUAUCGCUCUUGCUCGCGCCGGGAAUGUUCGCGCCAAGCAUCGUUCCGAUUUGGCUACAACUAUUGCGGCAUUUGCAAGGAUGACGGCACAGGAUUCGAGAAAAAUUCUUCCCAAGGAGUUUUAUCCGUCGUGGGUUGUAUUUACGCAGCGACAGAAGUUAACUUGGCUCAAUCUUCAGCUUGAUAAAAUCUGGCCAUAUGUUGACGCGGCAGCAUCGGAGCUGAUAAGGAGCAAUGUGGAGCCGGUUUUAGAACAAUUUCGACCGGCAAUAUUAUCUUCUUUGAAGUUCUCAAAGUUGACCCUGGGUACUGUCGCUCCAAAUUUUACAGGAAUUGCUGUACUUGAAGACGAGCCAGAAACUGGUGGAAUAACUUUGGAGUUGGAGAUGCAAUGGGAUGGUAAUCCAAACAUUGUUCUUGACAUCAAAACUAAACUCGGCGUUUCCUUACCAGUACAGGUAAAAGAUAUUGCAUUCACAGGGCUUUUCAGAUUAAUAUUCAAGCCAUUGGUUGAUGAGUUUCCUUGCUUUGGAGCAGUGUGUUAUUCUCUGAGGAAAAAGAAAAAUCUUGAUUUUAAACUUAAGAUUAUUGGAGGAGACAUAUCAUCCAUUCCUGGGGUUUCUGAUGCUAUUGAGGAAACAAUUCGAGAUGCUAUUGAAGGUACUAUAACAUGGCCAGUUCGGAAGAUUGUGCCCAUCAUAGCAGGAGAUUAUAGCGAUUUAGAGGCAAAGCCUGUUGGAACGCUAGAAGUGAAGCUUGUGCAGGCAAAGGAAUUAACCAAUAAAGACAUUAUAGGAAAGUCGGAUCCUUAUGCUGUGCUGUUUGUACGGCCAUUGAAAGAGAGAAUGAAAACAAGUAAAACCAUUAAUAAUCAAUUGAAUCCCAUAUGGAAUGAGCACUUUGAUUUCGUUGUUGAAGAUGCAUCUACUCAGCACUUGACUAUAAGAGUUUUUGACGAUGAAGGAGUUCAGGCCUCUGAACUACUUGGCUGUGCUCAAGUAGCAUUAAAGGACCUUGAGCCCGGUAAAGUGAAGGAUGUUUGGUUGAAGCUGGUCAAAGAUUUGGACAUCCAAAGAGAUAACAAAUACAGGGGUCAGGUGCAUUUGGAGCUUCUUUACUAUCCCUUCGGCACUGAUCAGAGCCUCUAUAUAAACCCAUUUAACCCGGAUUAUGCAUUGACCUCAGUGGAGAAGGCUCUAAAGCCGGCUCCGAAUGGUUCAGAAGAUGCAGAUUCUGGAAAACAAAGCUCCCCAAAGAAGAGGGAUGUGAUUGUAAGAGGAGUGCUAUCUGUGACAGUAAUUGCUGCCGAAGAUUUGCCUGCUGUAGAUUUCAUGGGAAAAGCCGACCCCUAUGUUGUUCUCAUUAUGAAGAAAUCCGAGACCAAAGUUAAAACCAGGGUUGUACAUGACACCCUGAAUCCUGUCUGGAAUCAAACGUUCGACUUUCUGGUGGAGGAUGCAUUACACGAUAUGCUAAUUGUAGAGGUCUGGGAUCAUGACACUUUUGGAAAGGAUAAACUGGGGAGGGUCAUAAUGACGUUGACAAGAGCGAUAUUGGAAGGGGAAAUUCAGGACUGUUUUCCACUGGAAGGAGCCAAAUCAGGACGGAUUUAUCUGCAUCUCAAGUGGGCAGCUCAGCCAAUAUUCCGAGAUACUUGAUGAACAAAAAGAAAAAAAGUCUCCUCAAUUUUUCAAGAUUGACAUUCAUUGAUUGAUGAACCGAAAGCUGCAGCGCCUCGUCGUCAUCUUACUUAGGUACUUGAUUUAAAUUAUGUAAUUAAAAUACAAAGUCAGGGGUGGGCGUUCAUCUCUUCUGAUCAAUUCUUUCAUUUGUGGGCUGUGUUUAAAUAGAUUAGCGUUUAUAUGUUUCAAUGUGUCAUUAUUUCCAUUCUUUUAUUUCUUCUGUAGUUUAGCUUAUUGAGUGUGGUCAAGCGAUUGGAUAUCGCUCCAAAUAUAUGGGCCUUAACUAAUAGGCCCUGAGAAUUGUCAUAGAAAUUAUUGUAGACGAAACUUUGAUGAACCAAAAUCAAGUUAACACAUAUUGUUAGGGUUUUCUUUUAUCUUUCUUUCUGGUUGAGUUUUAGGUUUAAUGAGUGUGGUGUGAGGAAUGUAAUUGUCAAUCCAAGUUACAAAUGCCUUGAUUGAAUUCAAAUAAAUU